GACGCCUCCGCCUCCGUCUCCGCCGCCAGCUCGGACUCAUGAUUCCUAUAUGCCCGGUAGUUUCGUUUACCUAUGGGCCUCCUGUCACGGCCCCAACCGCUGCUGCCGCCGCCGCCUCUGGAAUAUCGUCGCCACAGUACCCAGCCGGCUGGGAGAAGAUGCCAAAAUGGCCACCGGCAACUACUUUGGAUUCACCCAUAGCGGGGCUGCUGCUCAAUAUAGGUAGCAGCAUCUGCUUCCAGAGGGUGAAGGCCUGGUUCUGGCAUGUACUAAUACCUCCGUCAGUGGCUGAGUCCCUAGCAAUGCCACCCAGAUGCCAGCAGCCAGCUUCGGGUGUAGCCUAUUCCCAUCCAACUACGGUUGCUAGCUACACUGUCCACCAGGCACCAGUUGCUGCACACACAGUUACUGCAGCCUAUGCUCCAGCAGCAGCUACAGUUGCAGUAGCCAGGCCUGCUCCAGUGGCUGUUGCAGCUGCUGCAACAGCUGCUGCAUAUGGAGGCUAUCCUACAGCGCACGCAGCUACAGAUUAUGGUUAUACACAGAGGCAACAAGAAGCACCACCACCACCACCUCCUGUCACUACGCAGAAUUACCAGGAUUCCUAUUCUUAUGUUCGAUCUACUGCCCCAGCUGUAGCUUAUGACAGCAAACAAUACUAUCAACAGCCGACAGCAACUGCUGCAGCUGUGGCUGCUGCUGCCCAGCCUCAACCUUCAGUAGCUGAAUCAUACUACCAGACAGCUCCAAAAGCAGGAUAUAGCCAAGGGGCAACUCAAUAUACCCAAGCCCAGCAAACACGACAAGUGACGGCUAUAAAACCUGCAACCCCAAGUCCAGCAACAACUACUUUUUCUAUAUAUCCAGUAUCUUCUACUGUGCAGCCAGUAGCAGCUGCAGCUACUGUUGUUCCAUCCUAUACUCAAAGUGCAACAUACAGUACAACAGGGGUUACUUACUCUGGUACUUCUUAUUCUGGCUAUGAAGCCGCAGUGUAUUCAGCUGCAUCAUCCUAUUACCAGCAGCAGCAGCAACAGAAACAGGCAGUGGCAGCUGCUGCUGCUGCUGCUGCAACAGCCGCUUGGACAGGGACCACCUUUACUAAAAAGGCACCAUUCCAAAAUAAGCAACUGAAACCAAAACAACCUCCCAAACCACCCCAGAUCCACUAUUGCGAUGUUUGUAAGAUCAGCUGUGCUGGACCACAGACUUAUAAAGAACACUUAGAAGGCCAGAAACACAAAAAGAAAGAAACAGCAUUAAAAGCUUCCCAGAACACCAAUAACGGCAGCACUUCUGCUCGUGGAACUCAGAAUCAGUUGCGCUGUGAGCUUUGUGAUGUGUCUUGUACAGGAGCAGAUGCAUAUGCUGCCCAUAUCCGAGGAGCCAAGCAUCAGAAAGUAGUAAAAUUGCACACAAAACUUGGCAAACCUAUUCCUUCAACUGAACCAAAUGUGGUUACCCAGGCUACUUCCUCAGCAUCCACAUCUGCUUCCAAACCAGCUGCCUCUGCUUCAAAUGUGGCAACUAGCAGCAGUACUGUGAACUCUGUUGCAUCCUCUGCAGUGAAAAUUCUUACUCCUGUGGGAAACACACUACUUAACAUGGCAUCCAACAACAAAACAUCUUCAAUCACUGCUAAUAUAGCUGUAAAGAAAAUAUCUACACCAAAAAUAAACUUUGUUGGUGGUAAUAAGCUUCAGACAACAGGAAGUAAACUGGAAGAAACAAAAUCAGCUGAAAGUGUUAAAACAACUCCUGUUGCCACAAUACAAACACAAGAAGUAAAACCAGACACAGCAACUGAACCAGUAACUCCUACAACUAUUGCUGCCUUGCAAAGUGAUGUCCAGCCUGUGGGCCAUGACUAUGUGGAAGAGGUAAGAAAUGAUGAAGGAAAGGUGAUCCGCUUUCACUGUAAACUUUGUGAAUGCAGUUUUAAUGAUCCUAAUGCCAAGGAGAUGCACUUAAAAGGGAGGCGACACAGACUUCAGUAUAAGAAAAAAGUAAACCCAGAUCUACAAGUAGAAGUAAAGCCCAGUAUUCGAGCAAGAAAAAUUCAAGAAGAAAAGAUGAGGAAACAGAUGCAGAAAGAAGAAUACUGGAGAAGGAGAGAAGAGGAAGAACGCUGGAGGAUGGAAAUGAGACGAUAUGAAGAAGACAUGUACUGGAGGAGAAUGGAGGAAGAGCAGUAUCACUGGGAUGAUCGUCGCAGAAUACCAGAUGGAGGAUAUCCUCAUGGUCCUCCAGGACCUCUCGGCCUGCUGGGAGUUAGACCAGGAAUGACUCCUCAGCCCCAAGGACCAGCUCCUCUACGCCGCCCUGACUCCUCUGAUGACCGCUAUGUGAUGACCAAACAUGCAACAAUAUAUCCAACAGAGGAGGAACUGCAGGCAGUCCAAAAAAUCGUUUCUAUUACUGAGCGUGCUUUGAAACUUGUUUCUGACAACAUGACUGAACAUGAAAAGAACAAGAGCAAAGAGGGAGAUGAUAAAAAAGACAGUAGUAAAGACAGAGCUUUGAAAGGAGUUUUACGGGUAGGCGUUUUGGCUAAAGGUUUGCUGCUCCGUGGAGACAAAAACGUCAAUCUUGUUUUGUUAUGUGCUGAGAAGCCUUCAAAGACUCUACUCAGCCAUAUUGUUGAAAGUCUUCCCAAACAACUCGCGGUAAUAAGUCCUGAGAAAUACGAUAUCAAGUGUGCAGUCCCAGAAGCAGCAAUAAUUUUAAAUUCAUGUGUGGAACCCAAAAUGCAAGUUACUAUCACACUGACAUCUCCAGUAAUUCGGGAGGAGAACAUGAGGGAUGGAGAUAUAACCUCGGGUAUGGUGAAAGAUCCACCGGACGUCUUGGACAGGCAAAAAUGCCUUGACGCUCUGGCUGCUCUACGCCACGCUAAGUGGUUCCAGGCUAGAGCUAAUGGUCUGCAGUCCUGUGUGAUUAUCAUACGUAUUCUUCGUGACCUCUGUCAGCGUGUUCCAACUUGGUCUGAUUUUCCAAGCUGGGCUAUGGAGUUGCUUGUGGAAAAAGCAAUCAGCAGCGCUACUGGACCACAGAGUCCUGGGGAUGCACUUAGAAGAGUUUUUGAGUGUAUAUCUUCAGGAAUCAUCCUUAAAGGUGGUCCUGGAAUUCUGGACCCUUGUGAAAAAGAUCCUUUUGAUACACUUGCUGUAAUGACAGAUCAGCAACGAGAGGAUAUUACUUCAAGUGCACAGUUUGCACUGAGACUCCUUGCAUUCCGUCAAAUUCACAAAGUUUUAGGAAUGGAUCCAUUACCACAGAUGAAUCAACGCUUCAACACCCAUAACAAUCGUAAAAGGAGAAGGGACAGUGAUGGGGUUGAUGGAUUUGAAGCAGAGGGAAAAAAAGACAAAAAAGAUUAUGAUAACUUUUAAAAAAGUUUGUCAUGUGGGCUAAGUUCGGAGGUGAUAGAAAGUUGAUUUGUUGCCUUACUUUUAUUCCAUUCAUAAUAGUGCCUGGUUAAAACAUCCAAAACCAACUUGAAAAUUAGAUUCAGAAAAGAACAACCUAGCUGUUCUGUGAGGUUCUGAACAUUUUAAAGGAUGCGCUGUAUCAGAAAAAUUAUGGAUGGAAAAACUACAAAUGGAAACUGUUAUUGAAAAAAAAUAGUUUGAGGUUUUUUCCCCUUAUUGCAUUUUCUUUAAAUGGGUUACUAAUUAUAGUAAGUUCUCUCAAUUUUUUUCCUGUUUCUAUUAACAAGUGCAUUAUCUUAUCUUGACUGUAUUUAAUACAGCAUUUGUGCUUCUGUUGCUAAAAUGUCAAAAUACAUAUAUUUAGAAGAUUUUUUUUGCUUACCCUUGACACUAGCUGUAUAAAUUACUUUGUGUUAAAUAAUGUAAUGCUAUAAUGUGAUAAAAAACACAGCAAUGAAAAUGAAGUAGCAGAGUCCCAUGCUGUAACAAAUGAGGAUAAGCCCAAGUGCAGCAGCCAUGGCUAUAGAAAUAAAGGAAAAAAAGCUGCUCACCCUUAGAAGGCCUCAGAUCAGCAGGGAUCCCCAGAGAAAUACCUUUGCCUCCACCACCAACCCUUAAAUGAGGUCUGGGAGGGGGUGGUUCCUGGCUCUACCCAUUCCAGUCACUCAGGUGCAUUGCUUACACCUGAGCUCCUUGGGGUCAGCCCUGCAUUCCCACCAGGUGCUCCAUCACUGUUUCAGGCUGUGACUUAGCAUUUCUGCUACAGAUAGUAUAAACUGUUCCCCUCCCAAGUAAUAUUUCACAGAAGGUUUUUUUCAUAAAGUGAAACUGCAGAAAUAUGUUUGUUUGUUUUUUUAAAUGUGAAGGAGUUUCAACACAAUUAUCCUGGCAUUCGAAAGAAUCAGAAUUACAUGUUUUUGCUAAUCUUGUGGCAUUUGUCUUCUUAGCAUGAUAUAAUGGUGUAAUUAAGACAAAUUUGUGUUAAUCUAAUCAAGUUUGCUGUUAGUUGUGCAUUAGCAGUAUAAAAGCUAAUAUAAUAAGUAUGGUCUUACAACGAUUUUGUAUGGUCUUACAAUGAUUUUAAAGCAGCUGCAUAAUUGAUCAAAGUUUUGCAUACUAUUUCUGUUUUUAAAUCUAUCAUUUUAGGUUAAAUGCAUAGUUCUUCAUCUGAUUGACUUUGUGACAUAGCAAGGCCAAAAAAUAACUUUCUGAAUUUCUUUUCACAACAUAUAAGCAGAAGUGGGCAUUUCCCAUUUGGAAAAAGUUAGCCAUUCUUUCCAAUCAACUUUGUCAAUAUUAUAUUAAUGCUUCAGCCCUUAAAAAAAAAAAAGUUUGCCAUAGCAGUCCCUGUGAGGUUAUUCCUUAUAGUUAUUCUUGUAUAAAACUUUUUUUUCAAUGAUUCAAAUUUUAAAAGUAUUACUAAGUGAAGGCUAUCAAAGAAAGAAAAAAAAAAAAGAAAAUUAUUUGAUGUGACCAUAGUGUAUGCUUAUGUCUCUUUCAAAAAGCUAAACAUAGCAGUGGUGUAAGUAAAGUUACAUCAUGUUGAUGUAUGCUUUACACAGGUGUGAUUUGUUUAUUACUAAAAUUUAUUGAACUACUAAAAUUCAUUAUAGACUGGAAACUGAAGUUUCACUUACUCUGUUUGAUGUCUAUUAAACUUUGUUACAAACAUAGACUAACAUUCCAGUAACUACACAGGUCACUCUGAAAGUAAUGCCUCCUUUUUAUUUCCAUGGAAACUAUAACAGAUACAAGGAGCACACUGCAUGAUAGAGUAAAUUCUCAGCUACAAAAGGCUAUUUUUCAAUACAGUCACCUCUAUUAGCUAUGCAUUUUUGCCAAUGAUGAACAAGAGCCUACAAGCUGCACUUGUAACAAUCUGCACCAGUGGAGGUAACUCACUUUUUCACAGCUGCUAUAACAUCAUUGCUGAAAUGCACCACCCACUGCCUCACUGUGCCAACAUCCAAAAUUUGGUCUCCAUAAACAUUCAUCAAGUGUUGAUGAAUGUCAAUGGAUGCCAUUUUUUCUGCAUGGAAGAAUUCAAUUACAAACAUUUCCUUCAUAUGCACUUCUAUGUCAGAUGCCAUUUUAUCAGACUGCCACUCUAAUGCCAUACCACCAACAUAAUAGAAUAGGAGGCAUUACUUUCAGAGUAGCCCUUGCACUUUGUUGAUGGCUGUAUGAGUAUCAGACACCAGAAAGAUCAUAGAAUCAUAGAAUAGUCUAGGUAGAAAAGGACCACAAUGAUCAUCCAGUUUCAACCCCCCUGCUACGUGCAGGGCAGCCAACCACUAGACCAGGCUGCCCAGAGCCACAUCCAGCCUGGCCUUGAAUGCCUCCAGGGAUGGGGCAUCCACAACCUCCUUGGGCAACCUGUUCCAGUGUGACACCACCUUCUCUGUGGAAAAACUUCCCCCUAAUAUCUAACUUAAACCUCCCCUGUCUCAGUUUAAAACCAUUCCCCUUUGUCCUAUCACUAUCCACCCUCAUAAACAGCCAUUCCCCCUCCUGUUUAUAUGCUCCCUUCAAGUACUGGAAGGCUGCAAUGAGGUCUCCCCGGAGCCUUCUCUUCUCCAAGCAAAACAAGCCCAGUUCCCUCAACCUUUCCUCAUAGGAGAGGUGCUCCAGCCCUCUGAUCAUCUUAGUGGCCCUCCUCUAGACCCUCUCCAAGAGCUCCACAUCCUUCCUGUACUGGGGGCCCCAGGCCUGGAUGCAGUACUGCAGAUGGGGCCUCACAAGAGCUGAGUAGAGAGGGACAAUCACCUCCCUCUCCCUGCAGGCCACCCCUUUCUUAAUGGAGCCCAGAACACAUUUGGCCUUCUGGGCUGCAAGCACACACUGCUGGCUCACGUCCAGCUUCUCGUCCACCAGGACCUCCAAGUUCUCCUCCACAGAGCUGCUCUCAAGAUCUUCCCCCAGUUUGUAUAAAUACCCGGGAUUUCCCUGACCCAAGUGGAACAUUUGUCAUUUCUUUUACCACUUAUUAAAUUAAAAAAAAAAAAAAAAACACCUUUUUGUUCCAGUUUGUGGUCAAAUUUAUCUUUGACCUUUUUAAUAAAAUGACUUGGAGUAGGAGGAUACUUUUGUCUUGUAACACUCACUGCUAACAGCAUGGGUCUGUGGAAUACAGACAAAAUAUUUUUAAAAAUAGAGGGAAUCUUAAAAAAAUUUAAUACAAUAUUCUUCAAGCAUCAGAGUGUAAUUUUAAAAGGAGUAAAGAAUAAUAAUUAGUGGUAGCAAAUAAAAGGAAAACUUUCCCAUGGUAAGAAAGAUUUCUUAAAUAAUUUCAGUAUUGGAAGAAUAAUAAUUAGCACAUGCUUUAAAAUUAAAUUAAAAAAAAAACUUACCCUUGUUUCUGUAGUCCAGCCUUGAGCUGUAGCUUCCAAGUAUGUGCCUGUUCUUGGUCUUUUUUUUGUUUUUUUUUUUGAAAAGGAUGUGUUGCUGCCAUAUUUAAUUACCCAUUUCUAUUUAUUUUGAAAGCUACAGGUGCUAUUCAUAUGGCUAAUUUAACUCCAUACCAAAGUUUCUUUCCUCAUAAAGCUAAAAACUAUUCAGUCAUGUGACCCUAGACUUUAAGAUUAAAAAAAAGUCAAAGAUGUAUUUUGGAUUUCCUGUAUUUUUGUUCCCCUUAUUUUUUUCCUCUUAGUUUCUGGAUCUUUUGAAACAUUGUAUACUUAAAAUGGUUCCAUAUUAAAUAUAAAGCUGUGACCAUG